CCCGGAUAUGGUUCCCCCUAGACUGCAGUUAAGCCGGAUUGUAAUUACCAAGUUCAGUUUCUAUGACAGUUAUACUGCGGAAGGUUCUUAAACAGCCUGAAGUCUCGACUAAAGGUCUUCAGACCCUCUCAAUCUGACUCUCUAGCGGGGCGACUAACCUCCACCGGAGUCGACAGAUUGAGGCCCUAAGAACAAAACCUCCACUACCGGAGUAAAUCCGGUACAGAAUAGUGAGUUGGCUCCUCGACUAAAGUCACCAACUCCCUACCUUCAAUCAAGGAUACUCUAUUAACCUAGGCAGAUAUUCUCAUUCUAGGUUAAAGUAGAAACAACAGGAAUUUGAUCAGGAUUCAAGUCAUUCAAUCAUUAAAACCUCAAUCGAAUAUAAUCAAUCACAGAAUCAGUACUUGGGUUCAUACAAUCAAAGCCUAACAUACAAAUCUAGGGUUCUCCAUACCCAGAUGAAUGGGAGAACUACUCCAUAGAGAAGAAAGCAAAAGCAGAAUCAGACACGGAAUUCAUACUGCGAAGGAUGGAUUCCUGUUUCUGGACGUUGAUCGGCACUUCUCCAAGCUCAAGCUGGCCUCCAAUGGUGUUGAAGAUCAAUCUAGGGCACUUGGGAACUCUUGCUCGUCACUUUCUCUCUCUAGGAACUGAUCUCUCUCUCAAAAACUCCAAUCCCCCCAAAUUGUGGCUGAAAUUCUGCUUAAAAGGAGAAAAUCCCGACUCACACGGGCAGGGUGCACGGCCGUGCAUAUCACCAUUCUGGCCGUGCAACUCAAAACGCAGCGUGUCAUUUAGUCGAACUUCAGCCCUCUCGCACGGCCAGGGUGCACGGCCGUGCGAGCUUCAGGGGUUUCCCGUGCGUGUCCUCGGCAUAAGGCGCACGGCCAUAUUGCUCACGUGCACGGCCGUGCAGACUCCCUGGUCUGCCCGUGCAGCUCCCCAAAAACCUCGCCAUUCGUCCGUUCUUCGUCCAAUCGACCCCAGACUCGCUCCUAAGCCUUCAUUCACGUACUAGGACCUGAAACAUCAUAAACAAGCACAACCUAGCGUGAAAUCGGUCUAAAACACGAGAAAUCACAUCUCAAACGGUGUAAGAACAGGGGUAAAAACAUGUGUAAUUAACGGUCUAUCAAUGAUGUAUUAUUGGGCUGACCAUUGGACCUAACAUAUUGUGUUUGAGUUCUUCUGUUCCCUUUAGCUCUGCUUUGUCCCUGACUGGUCCCCUCUCCAGUCCUCUUCGCUCAGACUGGUCCACUUCCAGUAUCAUGUAGUCCGUGCACACCGGUGACAUCGUUCCCCUUAUCUUUCCCUCCUCUCCAUUGAGGGCAAUGUCGAUCUUAAGUGUGGGGGGGAUGUUUCUCUUUUGACUGAAUUAGAUAUGUUUGUGUGCUUGGAGCCUAGUCCACUGUCCAAAUUUUUAAAUUUGAGGGCUCCAAGUACGUGUUUCCUUGGAAAUUGCCUGCUCAAUAUGCUUUGAAUUGACAGACUCUAUAUGAAUGUGCAACCUAGGGAGGUAGUGUAGCACUAUGGAGGAUGUUGAAGUAUAAGAUUUUUCCUAUCUAGCUCUCUGUUGUGCUAGUUGAUUUUGUGAAUUAGUGGAGCUAGGACCGUUGAAUUCAUGUGGUAUUGGUGACUCUAUGUGGAUUGUGUUAUGGACUUGUGUAUCGAACAUGGUGCUCAUGUGGAAAAUGAAAAAUGCAGUUGGUCCUCCAUGUCAAAAUCAUCAAAAUAUUAAACAUGGGGUAAGCCCAACGUGUGCGGCACCGUUCAUUGCACCAAAUCGGGUUUUGGAAGAGAUUUUAGUGAUCCUUAGUGGGGUACUCCUACAAGGUGAAGCCAAGCUGUCUCUAGUACAAGUAAAACUUCCACCCGUUGAACGGUUUGCCUACUUGAGGAUGUGUUUUGAAGGGCACGGAUAGAGCUUCCGACCCCCCUUAAUUUCAUUGACCCUCCACACAAGUUGAGGAAAAGGAGUUAAAAGAAGUACUCUGGCGAGGGCCAGAUGUAAAGAAAUUGUUCUUUCUCGACUAAUAAGGGUCGACCGUGCAAAAGACUGCAGUUGGAACCCCCGCUAAGUGAAUGAAAUGAAUAAAAAGAAAAAGAAAUAAAGUGAAAGUGAAAAAGGGGUUCCAACGGUGAAAUGAAGUGAAAGAGCACCCCGGCACAAUGAGUCCUUGGUUGUGAAUGAUAUGAGUCCCUUUAUCCAUGAACUGACUGUCUUACUUCUACUUCUUCUCAUGAUCCUGGCUUGAGUCUAGUACUCGCAUUGAGAGACAUAGGGAACAUCUUAGAAGACCAGUUGACCUCGUAAGCUGCUUUAUGAUCUAGAAAAUCCUCUACCGACGAUCGGGGAUGUUUGUUGCUAUAGAGGUCUGGAGAGUUGCAUUGGUUUGAGUUAGGUUUGCUUGGGGACAAGAAAACGGUUAAGUGUGGGGGAGUUUGAUAGAACAUUGAUUACACAAGUUUUUACCCCUAUUCUUGAGCCAUUUGAGAUGUCGAUUCUCGCGUUUUAAGCUGAUUUCACGCUAGGUUGUUCUUGUUUGUGAUAUUUCAGGUCCUAGUACGUGAAUGAAGGUUUAGGAACGAGUUUAGGGUCGAUUGGAUGAAGUUUGGACGUUUGGCGAGAAGCUGAAAAGCCAUACGGGCAUGCCUAAAAGCCACACGACCGUGUAGGGGACCCAUGAUGGCCGUGUGGAAAUUCCAGGGAACUCACACGGGCACCCUGGGAAGCCACACGGCCGUGUGGGUCGUGGCCGUGUAGGAAGCCUGAAGCCACUUAUCAAAACGUUGCGGAUUGCACAACUCACACAAGCAGCUGGGGAUGUCACACGGCCGUGUGGCCUGGCCGUGUGAGUCGUAAUUUUCUAGUUUUAAGCCAAUUUUCAGCAGAGGAGAAGAAAGUUCUGAGUUUUAGAGAAAGAAAGCGAUUCCUAGAGAGAGAGAGCGACGAACCAGAGAUCCCAAGUGCCCUAGCUUGAUCUUCAUCACCAUUGGAGCUCGGCUUACACUUGGAGAAGUGUCGAUUGACGACCAGGAGCAGAUUCUCAUCCUUCAUAGCAUGAUUUCUGCAUCUGAACCUGCUUUUUCUUCUCUCUCCAUGGAGUAGUUUUCCCAUUCAUCUGGGUAUGGAGAACCCUAGAUUUGCGUGUUAGGUCUGAUUGUAUGAACCCAAGUACAGAUUCUAUGAUUUGAUUAUAUUCAAUUGAGGCUUGAAUGAUUGAAUGACUUGAAUCUUGAUCAAAUUCCUGUUAUUUCUGCUUUAGCCUAGAAAGAGAAUAUCUACCUAGGUUGAUAGAGCACCCUUAAUUGAAGGUAGUGAAUUGGUGACUUUAGUCAAGGAGCCAAUUCACUAUACUGUACCGAAUUUACUUUGGUAGUGGAGGUUUGGUUCGUUAGGGCCUUAAUCUGUUUACUCCGGUGGAGGUUAGUCGCCCGCUGGGGACUCAUAUUGAGAGGGUCUGGAGACCUUUAGUCGAGACUUAGACUGCUUAAGAACCUUCCACAGUAUAACUAUCAUAGAAACUGAACUUGGUAAAUUCCAAUCCGGCUUAACUGCAGUCUAGGGGGAACCAUAUUCGGGUGACCUCUCUCAACUUGAAAACAACCGUUUAAUUGCUUUGCUUGUUUUGCUUGUUUGAACCUGCACUAAAGUUUCACCGCUAGAUAAUAAGAAUUCACUAAGUAGUCAUCACAUCUAGGACCCGGGUUGACAAUAAAACCCAAACCCGCUAUACUACGCUUUAGGAAGUGGUCACACUUGGCCAUUUUCUAGAGUGACAGUAGGAGUGAGUCAAUCUCCCACUCGUCCAGUAGUUUAAAUUUACUUUUCUAUACCCCGUUACUCCUGAACUCUUACAUUUUGAAAAAUCGGAGGCACCUCAACCUCCUAAUUCACUCUCUUCUUCAAUAGAAUCAUACUUUGCUUCCAAAGUAAGGGUUCUUUGAGAGAAACUAAGGCAAUAAGAUCCUGAAAUUAGGGUUUGGUAAAUUUGGCUCUAUUCUACAAUAGAUCAAAUUUUCACACCUUUGCCGGGGACUUCUCGCGAUUUUCAAAAAGGGAAGGAGGUAAGUUUCUAUUCGAGUAAAAAAGUAGUACAGAAAAAACAUUGGUCGGAGUGCCAGAUUUCUCCAUAAAAUGGUGGCAAGAGAGCCAGUAUUUCCUUUGUGUGUAUUUCAUUUUUUUGUUUUGUUUAUUUUAGCUUGUGUUUUUGUGUCGUGUGUGUGCUUUUUGAGUUCUCGACUCCUCCUCAUAGGAAUGAGUUUUCGGCACUUAAAGCAAAAAUGGGGGCAAUAUGUAGCUUUUUACAUUCGCAAUCCUACCACGUUAAAUCUAAAUCAAUAGAUUGUGUCGCCACAAAUUAAGUGUGGGGUAAAAGCCAAGUGUGAGGCAUGGAAUAAAAUGGGUUUUGGGAGACAUACUAGUUGAGUCUUGGUGGAGUAGGCCUACAAGAUGAUGCUAGUUCCACUCUAGUACAAGUAAAAUUUACACCCGUAUGAUAGGAUUGCCAAUUUGAGGAGGUGUUUUCGAGUGCACGGGUUAAGCUUCCGACACCCCUUGACUUCAUUGACCCUCCGGACGAUCAAGGAAAAGGAGAUAAAAAAAUCGAUCUUGCUUGAUGAUGGUUGCUAAGUACCAAAGUACGAGGUGAAACCAACCCCCUUUUGUGCAAAAAGUAGCAAGAAAAGAGCAAUGCAGUGUGAUGAAAUCAUUGCCAUACGAAAAAAUGUAAAAGAUUUAUGUGGGCAAGAAUGCAAAUACUUCCUAAUCAAGCUACAUAGACUUCACUCCAAUAUUCGUAAAAGAAGGCUUGAGUAAGAGAAAGAGAACUCCAUCUCGUGAGAGAUGAAUCAUUUUGUUCUCACAAAGUACAUUUUGAGCAUCAUUGCAAGGAUCAAAGUUUCUGAGUGCAAGGGUUGAGCUUGUAAACUUCUUAUGAUCCACUACCUACGAUCAGAAGUCACGUGUCAUCAUAGAGGUCAAGUGAGGAGAAGGAUGUUGAGAUUAGGUUUGCUUGGGGACGAGAAAAGUUCAAGUGUCGGAUUAUUUGAUGACACAAAGAAUGAGCAAUUCUUGACCAUCGUAUUAUGAUCAAAACUGCAUACAUUUCAUAACAAUAUUUCAACAAUACCUUGAAGUGUGUUUUAGCAACACUAGGAUUGCUUUUAUACGAUUGAUACGCUUUGGUAGUAUUCUGUGAAUUUUCAGGUCAAAGCAGACUAGUGGACUACUUGGCACCUAUAGGGGACAUCGAGAUUCAGUUGCUUGAGCCGGGAUUUGAAGAGAGGAAGAUUAAAUAAAUUAUGUCUCAUGAAGGAAAAUGGUGUCUAAUCUGCCGUUCUACGGAGCUCAACUACCUCAUCAGAAAGUCACCUUGGAGCCUACUGAUCGUUGGCCACGUGUUUGGAGCCUUUUGAUUAGCUGGAUGACACUGGAACUAUGAGAAUUCCUCUCUAUAAAGCCUAAUCAAAGGUGUAUAAAUAGGUCUGUAGAGACAGAAAGCGGGAAGAAGAGAUGAGAGGUCAAGGAAGGGUCUUAUUCUGCCGACAGAGCAACCCUCCUCACUUAGAGCGAGACCAACCUUCGAGGGAGAAUUGGCACUGGAAAUGCUUGUUUGGGGCUUGUUAUUUCUGUCUCCAGUGGGUUUUAUGGGUCUUCGUUUCAAUCAAUGAACACACAAUUCUAUGCAAAAAUGCAAACAAGUCUUUCCCUUACACAAAAUAAUCAUGUGACUGACUUUGGGUGGUCAUUCUGUCGUCCUCACGGCCCGCCUCACAGACACGAGCCAACCCGUGAAAAUUAGGAGACAUUUCCAGAUUUGACAAUUGGGGAUGAAAUUUGUCGAGCGAUUCACGGCCAAUGUCACUGGCGUGAUCUGUGGUUGUGACCCGCGGGAAAAUAUCCUCCAAAGCGAGGUUUGUGAAAUUUUACGUAUCGGGUAGGAAGCACCCUUUCCCAUAUGCUUGAACAAUCAGAAACAUGGUAUAUGAGAUAAUAAACAAUCUACUUAAAUCCCACCCCAAAAUUUAAACAGGACAAUGUCCCUAUUGGACAAAACAAGGAGUAUAGAUAAGGUAGAACGAAGUUACCAUAUCGCCAAAAUUCAUGCCAAUCGGAAAGUGUCAUUGAUGUUUGGUUGUUCUACGAGCAACGAAAAGUGUAAAACAGAAAGAGCAAGUGCGUCAUCUCCUCCUCUAUGGCAAAACAGUAGAGGUUCGCUCAAGUGGCUCUCUCGAGCUAGUCCAACUCGAGAAGAGUGGAGAACCUUCAAUGCUAGGUGACAUGCCCAAAAGCAAGGUCAUAUUGGCAUUGAAAUUGCGAUAUUUUAAGCGAAAAUCACGAUCAUGUAUGGUUGCGAGAAAAUGUAUGAAGGCUGAAAUGUCUUCACCAAAUUCCCCCAAAAGAAAAAGAGUGAUUCCUAUGGGCAUACCAAAUCGCCUAUCGUGUAUCAUCAUGAGGCGUUCUAGAAGAGAGUGGCAUUAGAUGAAUCCCAUUUGUUCACCUCACACUUUAAUUCUUUCCAUAUCAAACCUCCGAAGGAGCUUAGAGUUGGAAAUCGCAACAAAUGUCGAGCUAGACACCCACACAUGCCCCUAUAUGUCAUGGUACAAGAAGAGGCCAUCCAUACCUCGAUCCAUAGACACGAAACAAUCAUCCACUCCACCAAGUAAUCGCCAAUAUUCAUGUCCUUCAAUCCCAACCCCAUCGCAACGCAUACCAACAAAAGCAAGCUCGAAAGAUAUGACAAGGGAAACACAUGGAACUGCUCAUCCAUUCAGCAGGAUUCAAUGUAAGGAUAUUAAUAAGAGAAAACACGAAGAGGAAUGCCACGAGGUGGGUGGUGUGGGCAAAAAUCCAAUGAUGGCGGUAGAGUAAACAAACAAAGGUCUUGCAAUGGUCGACAUAGGGACGAUCCUAGGCUAGUAUUCAUGGUCGAAGAUGAGGGAAAUGGUAGUAGAAUUGAUAAUGGUUGUAGCAAAACAUGACACGCAUUAAGGUCCAACAUUAAGACGGUACCCCCUUUUUAAAUAUCGUCCCAACGUCUUUAAGAUAUGCAAGUAUUGUUUUGCGAAAAGACUAUUUGCACUUCAAAGGGCUGCAACCACUCGAUCUUUUGAAGCGACAUUUAUAGGUUACGGGGGUUUAGGAUCACCUUUACUCACAGAAGUAGUUGGAUGAUUCCAUCUUCGCGUCAUUCCAUGAUGUGUGGUACUAGGUACGACCCCUAAAGCUACGGUAGACCAAAUUUAUUGAUGAAAGUGCCAAAAUCAAAGACGAGUUAUCGCUCAUAAGUACUUCUCUUUAUGGUCUUUAUGUUAGACAAAACAUGGGUUGCCUCUCAUGUAACGCCCUCUUUUUGAUGCCAUUAAGCUAGGCAUCGCUAGCGCCCUUUCAAUUGAUUUGACCAAUGAAGAUCUCGGGCCAUACCCAAAACUGAUCAUCUGGGGCAGGUGAAUUGAGGGAUGAAUCAUAAGCAAAGUUGUAAGUCGUAGGUGACUCAUGAACACAUACAUAUAAGGUACGCACCAUUUCCUCACACUUAAGAACCUCUGAUAAGACGAAUCAGAAGUACCGCUCCUAUACUCACGACCUUAAGCAAGUCUUUUCUAUCUAAGCUUCUUGACUUUGGCCCUAUUUUUUAAGGGCUCGUACACAUGAAAGUGGUUGAGUUCUGGAAGCAGAACGACCCCUCAAAAAUCGGCGCCACCUAUGACAUAAAUGCAAAGGAUUUUUCUCGCUCUGACCUCUUUUUUAUCACUGUACUAGGUCCCUAGACUCUAGCCACACACACACACACACACACAUGACACAAAAACAUAAAAUAAAAUACAAACUAAAAAUAAAAACAAAAACAAACUAAAAACGAAUAUAAUUGAAAGACACGAUAUUUACAAAAAAGUCCGGAUCUAAAGUCUUGGCCACUAUUUUUGGAAAGAAAAUGGUGUCCGGGGCAACGGUUUUGCCUUGUCUAUACUCAACUAAAAACAAACACGUGAUCGAACAAAAAAUAAAAAGAGUUUAGACCUUAACUCGUCUCUUUUCUGAAAUCUUCAAGAUGUCCCCAACAACGACACCAAAAAUUGAUGUUGCUUGUAGAACAUACCAAAUUUACCUGGCCCUAAGGGAUGGAUCUUAUUUCCCUAGGGCCUCUAGCAGACCACUUACUUAGGUGACAAGAUGUGGUUCUAUGGGUUAAAACGUAUGUAAGAGGUUGAGGUGCCAUUAAAAAAAAUAAUGUGGUGCAGAAAUGAAAACUAGGGCUAUCGUAUGAGUGAUGAAACAAAAGAGGAAGGUGUUGUACAUGAAUGCUUCCCUAGAAUUCCUUUGACUUUGCAACAAUUAUGACUACACAAAAUCUUGUUUAUGGGAAUACUUAAACGAUUUCUCCUCUUACUAUGCUUUUAUUUGUCUGCUUCCCCCUCACGAUAGUGAUUGUGGGUUCCAAGCUUUAGCGAGGCACGACAUUCAGAUUGCAUAUUUCACGGUAUGCAAUAAGGCCUCUUCCAAACGGGUAUGUAUUCGAGGAGCAUGUGCAUAAGUUUCAUACCUAUCACAUCUACCCAUGAAUAAACAUCUCGUUAUAAUAAGCAUAGUAAGGUAAAUUUGGAAAACACAUCUAUGUGCAAUCAAGAGUCAACUCUUGAUCCUAAAACAUAUGAGCUUCUUGAUCUUUGUUAGGUUUCCCUUUACCAUAUGCCAUGGCAAUUACCAGAUCUAGUAGGUAGCGAUGGUGAACCUACAGAUUUCUCCCUUGAGGAAGUAGAAUCAGUUUGAUCAAUUGAGGAUUGAUCAUGAGGGACUGUAGUUUCUAGUCUCAUCCACCCACGAUGACGGGUAUGAGGAUAUAGCCUUUGAAGCUAAUCCUCGUAUCAAGCAUACAAUUUCAUGAACGAUAAACCAUGAAAGAACAA